AUGUCACGACUUGGGACAUUUCGAGCUUUCUACCUUGGGGCACUCUGCUGCAUCGGGUCCUUACUAUUCGCCUAUGAUACCGGAAUCAUUGGCGGCAUCCUCACCUUUGAGGGCUUCCAGAAAGACUUUCGUUACGGUCCAGCUCAAAAGGCCAGCGUUGGCUCCAACUCGACGAGUCUGUUACAAGCAGGUGCCUUUUUCUCCUGCUUUUUCAUCUGGCCGUUCACCGCGAAAUUUGGCCGCCGGUGGUCAAUCAUCCUUGCCUCUGUCAUAUUCUGCAUCGGCGCCAUCGUCCAAACCAUCAACACGCACUCACUUGCUGCGUUUUAUGUCGCCCGCGUCGUCAGCGGCGUUGGUGUCGGUAUGGCCACGGUUGUAAUUCCCAUGUACUCGGCUGAGAUGGCGCCCAAGAACAUCCGCGGCAUGCUCGGCAGCAUGUUUCAGUUCUUUGUCACAAUGGGCGUCAUGACUUCGUAUUUCGUCGACUACGGCGUCAGCAAGCACGUCAAAGCGUCGACGUUACAAUGGCAAAUUCCUGUUGUCCUGCAGCUUGUGCCCGGUGCGAUUCUUGGGCUAGGAACGUUGCUGUGCAAAGAGAGUGCGCGAUGGUUGGCCAAGACAGGUCGGAGAGAGGAAGCUCUGCAUUCACUUAUAUGGGUUCGCGGCGGCGAACACACGCCUGAGGUUGAGGAAGAGUUUGCCGAGAUCAUGGCUAGUGUUGAGGAAGAACAAAAUCAGAAGGAAGGGCUUACGUGGAAAGAGCUGAACGAGCCCAUCAACCGAUACCGUAUCUUUCUUAUCAUUGCUCUCCAAAUUGGCAAGUUCCAGCCUAACAUGGCUGCCAAACUUGUUUUUGCGGCUGUCGGCGCUGGACAGAACAACCUCCUUAUCACAGGCUUUUUCGGGUUGGUCAAAGUCGUAUCGUGUCUUUUCUACCUCCUGUUUCUUGUAGAGCGCAUCGGCCGACGCGGCUCGCUUCUUGGCGGAGCAUUCCUGAUGGGCACUUACAUGCUUAUAAUCGCCUGUCUGACUGCCACACACCCACCCAAGUCAGUGGACCAGGGCUUGACUUCGACAGCCAUUGCCUCGAUGACGAUGAUUUACCUCGAGGCCAUGUCGUACAACAUAUCUUGGGGCCCUGCGCCCUGGGUGUACAUGGGCGAGAUCUUCCCGUCUCGCAUCCGCGAAGCCGGUAUAGCAAUCGGAACCUCGACGCAGUGGCUCUUCAACUUUGUCUUCUCCCAAGCUACACCUCACGCAGUCCAGAAUCUUGGCUGGAAGACAUUCCUCAUGUUCUGUAUUUUCAACUGGACCCUCGUAGUGUUUGUAUGGUUCUUCAUCACGGAGACGAAGGGCAAGUCACUCGAAGAGAUGGACGCAGUGUUCUCCAGAAAGAUUCUCGGAAGUGAUGUCGAAAAUUCUUUGGGAAAGCAGAGCGAGGGCCAUCAUGCCACUCGAGUUCUUCAGGACAUUUACCAAGAGAAAUAG